AUGUGUUGGACUAGUUAAGCAUCGGUUGGGUUAGUUUGGUUAAGUCCCAAACUAAAGGGGUAGAUUGACCUGGGGGGGGAGCUUGUAGACAUCCUAGCGGGCUGAACUACUGGGGAUUGUCAAUGGUUAAAGCUGUUAAACCAAGGUCUACAAGCUUGUGCUCUGCGUAUGAUUUUUAUUUUCUGUACCACUGAGAAAGUCUCUCAUCUAAAAAAAUAUCUUGUUGCCAUGUUUUUCUUCUGUAACACACACUAUGUGGUGGCUGCCGCCCAAAUGCCUUUCUCUGGUGGGGCUGAAUUUGAAUUUGCUGCUCCGUCCAUUCGCCCGGCGGUGUUACUGAACGGCCCGAAUCUAUCCACACCUCCCCCACACCCCCCCUUGGCCCGGUUGAAUGAAUGCCGAUGAUGUCGCGUUGUGGCGGCCUGGUGCUGACUGGCUGAUGAUGGGUUAUUGAUGUGGUCGACUCCCCGCGGUGCAGAGGAGGAGCCAUCGGCGCAGGAAAAGAUCCAGGAGUGUUGAGGAUGAUGGCGAGGGUCACCUCAUCUAUCACAUUGGAGACAUGCUGAGAGCGAGAUGUAUAGAAUAUAAACCUUUUUAUUUUUACUGUUUCUACUCUCUAUCACAGUCUUCUCUCUUGUUGUCUGGAUGAUUGUUCAGUUGCACAGUCUUAAGUAAACCGGAGCGUAGACCGACUCCAGGGCCCAGGCCCUUUGCUAAGAUAAGUUGUAAGGCUAGAGCUCACUCUGCAGUGUGACAGUUUAAUGUUGUGUUGGACUACACCAGCCACAUAUGUAGACUAGCUUAGCAGAGUGCGUGUGUGUAUGUCAGGUAGUGAAGCAGCAGGAGGCCUGUGUUGUCCACCGCCGUCCGUGCCGCGGUGCUAACUACCUCUCUCUCAUUCCCCGUAGAUGAGAUAAUGUCCACUCUAGGAGAAGGAGCCUUCGGGAAGGUGGUGGAAUGCAUUGAUCAUAACAAUGGUGGACCUCGCAUGGCUCUGAAGAUCAUUAAGAACAUUGACCGCUACCGAGAGGCGGCCUUGUCUGAGGUAGAGGUCCUUGAACAGAUGAACUCGCUGGAUUACGACCGCAAAUAUCCAUGUGUGCGCAUGUUGGACUGGUUCGACUACCACGGCCACGUGUGCAUCGCCUUCGAGCUGCUCGGCCUCAGCACCUACGACUUCCUGAAGGAGAACAACUUCCAGCCUUUCCCCAUCGAGAACAUCCAGCACAUGGCCUACAGCAUCGUUAGAGCGUGCCGCUUUCUGCAUAAGAACAAGCUCACGCACACGGACCUGAAGCCGGAGAACAUCCUCUUCAUCGACUCCCAGUACGACAUUGAGUACAGCCCCAUACUGAGGAGAGACCAGCGCACCCUGAAGAACCCGGAGGUCAAGGUUGUGGACUUUGGCAACGCCACCUAUGAACACGAGCACCACACGUCGGUGGUGUCCACCCGGCACUACCGUGCCCCCGAGGUCAUCCUAGAUCUGGGCUGGGACCAUUCCUGUGACGUGUGGAGCAUCGGGUGUAUCCUGGUGGAGUACUACCUGGGCACCACGCUGUUCCAGACCCACGACAGCAAGGAGCACCUCGCUAUGAUGGAGCGAAUCCUGGGCCCGAUCCCCACCCACCUCCUCCAGAAGACCAGGAAACGUCGCUACGUCCACCGCUACAAGCUGGACUGGGAUGGGAACAGCUCGUCAGGGAGGUUCGUCAAGAAGAGCUGCAAACCGCUCAAGGAGUACAUGAUGUGUCAGAGCGAGGACCACCAGAACUUUUUUGACAUGGUGGAGAAGAUGAUGGCGUACGACCCGGCCAAGCGCCUCACCUUGGAGCAGGCCAUGAGACACCCCUUCCUCGCUGGCCUGCACAAGACGAAUAGCAGCCGUAACCACCACCGGAGCAGCAGUAACCACAACAACAGCAGCAGCAGCCGCAGCAGCAGAGGCAGCAAGUUUUAACCCCCAGCCCUCUGUCAGGACCCCCGCCUGCAUGAAGACCGUUCUCUGAACCCGGAACACAAGCCUGCUGUCUGACUCUCUGGGAGAGAUUGUGAACUUGACGACUGUAUCAGUCCACCUGCCCAUAUCCUCUUAUCCUGGUUACGAACAGAAACGGCCCGAUCUCGGCAUCGAUGUUUCAACGCUUCCCUCUGGAUUUCUUUGGUUUAUUUAUUCGUCUUUGUAAAUGUAAAAGUUUUCUCAAGAUCUUUUUUUUUUAUUUUUUUUUUUACUGUCCAUAAUGUAAACUUGAGGUUUAAAUGUAAAAAAGUUAUGCUAAGGUUUGAUAAUUGUAAAUGCUGGGGCUAGGGGCGGAUAUUCUGUACAUUUGAUCAAUUGACUUGUGCCGUUUUCCUUUAGGGCUAUUUUUUGUCUUGAGGGGAUUUAUAACUUUUGCAACCAUGUUCUUUUCUCAAUAAACGAUGUAUUUCGUACUGAU